CGCACCACUGGCUUCAAGAUUAAUCAAUGGCCGGGGCUGGCACAGAAAUAAACUAUGCGGCCUGCCUCACCCCCCAUGUGCUGCGACGAGUUCAAUCCAAAAUUCCCGAGCAUCGGUCCAGUUCAUGAACGUUGUCGUCGUCACACCAGUCACCAGAUUUCGCCAUUGUUGACCCCUGCUUAGAUCUCCUAUAACAGCUUCGUUUUCCAGCUGGAAAAUUAUUAAAGCAGUUAGCUUUUCUUCUAAGCUUAUCACUUGUUUCGCUGGCCACUGUCGCCGUCUCCAGCACUCAAACGGCGGGGCUCAAUCUCACCAGCUGCUCGCCACCACCACCCACUCCAUUCUGAGAGGAGAAGGAAAUUUUUAUAAAAAUCCCUGUAGCUCCGCUUGCGUCGCUUCCAAUCUUCUCUGCUGUGAUCAUCCACCAAACACUCGCCUUGUGCGUCUAAAAAAAGGGCGAAGGGGAGAAAGGGGAGGGAAAAUUGUGAUUUUGAGGGAGAAGGGAGGGGGAGGAUGAGUAUGUACGGGCGUGAUCCGUGGGGCGGGCCGUUGGAGAUCUCGCACGCCGACUCGGCCACCGACGAUGACCGGAGCCGGAACCUGGACCUGGACCGGGCGGCGCUGUCGAUGACGUCGCGGCAACUGGACGAGACGCAGCAGAGCUGGCUCCUCGCCGGGCCCGGCGACCAGGGGAAGAAGAAGAAGAAGUACGUCGACUUGGGGUGCCUCAUCGUCAGCCGCAAGCUCUUCCUCUGGACCGUCGGCGCGAUCGUUGCCACCGCCGCGCUAGCCGGCCUCAUCACGCUCAUCGUCAAAACUGUGCCGCGCCACCACCGGCCCCGUCCGCCGCCGGACAACUACACCCUCGCGCUCCACAAGGCCCUCAUGUUCUUCAACGCACAGCGAUCUGGACCGAUUCCGAAGCACAACAACGUGUCAUGGAGGGGGAACUCCGGGAUGAAGGAUGGCAUCUCGGAUCCGUCCCACGGGAAGAGCCUUGUGGGAGGAUUCUACGACGCCGGCGACGCCAUCAAGUUCAACUUCCCUUCUUCCUUCGCCAUGACCAUGCUUAGCUGGAGCGUGAUCGAGUACAGUGCCAAGUACGAGGCCGCCGGCGAGCUCGGCCAUGUCAAGGAGAUCAUCAAGUGGGGCGUCGACUACCUCCUCAAGACCUUCAAUUCCUCAGCUGACACAAUCGAUCGCAUCGCUGCCCAGGUUGGGCAAGGAGACACUUCCGGCGGUACAAGUACAACUCCAAACGACCACUAUUGCUGGAUGAGACCGGAGGACAUCGAUUACCCAAGGCCGGUCCUCGAGUGCCACAGUUGUUCCGACCUCGCCGCCGAGAUGGCGGCUGCUCUGGCUUCAGCAUCCAUCGUCUUCAAGGACAACAAGGCCUACUCUCAGAAGCUCGUCCACGGCGCUGCCACACUCUUCAAGUUCUCAAGAGAGCAAAGGGGGCGGUACAGUGGCGGCGGCUCCGACGCAGCAAUCUUCUACAAUUCCACUAGCUACUGGGACGAAUUCGUGUGGGGUGGCGCGUGGAUGUACCUCGCCACCGGCAAUUCGUCCUUCCUUCAGCUGGCCACCCACCCGACGCUCGCAAAGCAUGCCGGCGCUUUCUGGGGUGGACCGGACUACGGAGUCCUCAGUUGGGACAACAAGCUGACUGGUGCUCAAGUACUUCUCAGUAGAUUGAGAUUGUUCUUGAGCCCAGGGUACCCUUAUGAAGAAAUCCUGAGAACUUUCCACAACCAGACUGGAAUCAUCAUGUGUUCUUACCUUCCAAUCUUCAACACUUUCAACAGAACAAAAGGAGGCUUGAUACAGCUAAACCAUGGAAGGCCUCAGCCCCUGCAGUACGUCGUCAAUGCAGCUUUCCUCGCAGCUCUCUACAGCGACUACCUUGAAGCCUCCGAUUCUCCAGGGUGGUACUGCGGCCCGAACUUCUUCCCCACCGGAGUCCUCCGCGACUUUGCGCGAACCCAGAUCGACUACAUCCUUGGGAAGAACCCCCGGAAGAUGAGCUACGUCGUCGGAUUCGGUGGGCGGUACCCGAAGCACGUUCAUCACCGCGGCGCCUCGAUUCCGAAGAACGGGGUGAAGUCCAGCUGCAAAGGGGGGUGGAAGUGGAGGGACACGAAGAAGCCGAACCCGAACACCGUCGUCGGAGCGAUGGUUGCGGGCCCUGACAGGCAUGACGGGUUCCACGAUGUCCGGACAAACUACAACUACACGGAGCCGACGCUUGUGGGCAACGCCGGUUUAGUCGCCGCCCUGGUGGCUCUGUCCGGGGAGGCCAGUGGAGUGGACAAGAACACCAUGUUCUCGGCUGUCCCGCCGAUGUUUCCGAACCCUCCGCCGCCGCCGACGGCGUGGAAGCCAUGAGAUAGGAGAAGAUGCUAGUUCUUUUACGUGUACGAUGAUGAUCCUUGUAGUGGAAUGGUCGAUUGCAUUCCUUCGUCGAAAGUGGAAGAGAACAGCCUCCUUUCAAUUUGACAGCUGCAUAUUUUUGUCAGUGAUUAAAACAUGGCCGUGUAAUAAGAUCUAUAGAAUUAAGCUUGAAUUUUAGUUUGUAGUUGUUUUCUUGA